GGGCCAGCUCGCGUGCAUUCACGGGGAGGCUGGACGGGGAGGAGACUUGACAAGCUGGGUGGUGCAAUGUGGCGCUGCAAAGUCUUCCAGCACUCACGGGGCGGGAAGGUGGAAGACAGUCGCAGCACAUUGAGCCAAAGCUUUGUGAGAGUGUGACUACCUCCGAGAGCGACCAUGAGAGCCCUCCUCUUGAUCUGCAUGCCAGUUGUGCUGCUCGCCCAGUCUCAGUACCAGGAACAGUUUCCUUUUCUUGAGGACUAUGGGCCCGAUUAUUUGCCAGAGAGUCCGGAUUCUGAGAAUCAUUAUUCUGGUCCUGGAAAUUUCCAGCAGCAGGUUCGAGUCGAUCCCGCGAUCCUUCCAGAAAAACCAGAGACUGAUUUGGAGACGGAGCCCACAGAGCCCGGUCCUCUCGAUUGCAGAGAGGAGCAGUAUCCCUGCACCAGACUCUACUCCGUGCACAAACCAUGCAAGCAGUGCCUGAACAGUCUCUGCUUUUACAGUCUGAGGCGUGUGUACGUCAUCAACAAGGAAGUAUGUGUGAGGACCGUGUGUGCACAUGAAGAGCUGCUUAGAGCGGACUUGUGUCGAGACCAGUUCUCGCGCUGCGGUGUGGCGGCAUUGAGCGGCCACUGCGCGUCUGUGGGGGCAAGCUGCGGGAAGAGCUGCGGUGGUGGCUGCUGAUGGAUGCCCCCAACACCUCCUUGAGAAACUACAACCAACUGCAACCCUUCUCUUUCCUCACUGAUAUGUCCUGUCAUGCAAUGUUUCCCAACCUUUAUUAAGCCAAGGCACAUAUUUUAUGCUAGAGUCACCUCACAGCCAACGACCAAACAAAAAUGACACAAAAAACAAUAGAUUGUAGAUACUCUCAGAUUCAAGGUUCUUCAUUUCGGGGAGAAAAAAAAUUUGAAAGCUAUUCACUUUUUUUGUGUCUAAAGCGCAAUUUGGUGGCAUCUUGGUGCCAAGGAGUCAUGUUGAUGUGUGUUAAG